AUGGACGACAGUAGCGUGCGCCUGUCGUUGCGACACGAAGCGUCAGUCGCGGAAAUAUCGAAGCGCCUCGAGUCGUUCUACGUCAAUCUCGAGGCUUCUCUCGCCCGGCGCCCUGUAGGAUCCGCGUCAUCGGGAACGCUUCCCAACACCCGCGACUCGCAGCCGUCACUAGCUCAAACCACGUCGCAGGCUGAGGCUGCACUGACGACAAGCGAUACACCUUCCGCUGCCGGCGAAAGAGGUAGUUUUUGCAGAGGCGUCGCGUGCGUCGCCAACGUCGCCUGCGAGUCAGAAGGUGGCGGAGCCGUGGGGGACCUGAGGAUGCGGAAAGCGGAACUGUGCGCAGCAGCAGAUUUGCGCAAACAAACGCCGCUCGCGGAGGUGCGCGCUGCGCCCGCUACAGCGGCGGGGGAACUGCGCACAUACGAUGCUUUGAGUGCAGUCACUCAUUUGCAAUCAGACGUCACGGAAGCGCGCACCGUGUUGGCGGAUGAGUUGCGCUGCCCGCGUUUGUCGGAGCUUUAUGAGGUUGGGCGCGAGUUGGGGCGCGGCCACUUCGGGGUCGUGCGACUGUGCGAAGACCGUGCGACGGGCGAGCGAUUCGCGUGCAAGACGAUACUGCUGAGCGGCGUGCGGCUGCGGGCGGAGGUUUUGCCGCGGCUGCCUUCGAAGAUACCCCCCUUUCCCCCUUCCUCCUCCCCCUCACUUAUCCCUCCCGUAACCCUUUUCGCACCCAUUCUGCCCCUUCCCCAACGUCCGCGCGAUCUCAAAAAGUGCGGUCACUGCGCCCUUGCCCCUUCUUUCCUGUCCCUUCCCGCAACUCCCGUUUCCCCUUCCACCCACCCGCCCCCCUCCUUUUCGUCAGCGCCCCUUCGAUCUCAUGAAGCUGAGGGCGUAACUCCCCAACGAUCUCAUGGAGCUUGGGGGCGCAAGUACCUUCAAAGACGCCGCGCCCCUCAAACCCCCAUUCCCCCUCCAUUCCCCCCCCGAACUCUCUAUUUCUUCCUUCACCCUCCCCCUCUUCCCCAGCGCCGAAGCGACCUCAUGGAGCUGAGGGCGGAAGUGCUGUCGCUGCUGCGCCUGCAGGAGGGGGAGGGGGAACGGGGGGGAAAAGAACAGGGGGCAGGGGAGCGGGGAAGGGGGGAAUGCGGAGCAGGCAGCGCGGAUGGGGAGCGGGAGGAGCUGGCGUUCGUACGGUUGUACGAGGUGGUGGUUGAAACGAGGGCGACGUUACAUCUCAUCCUGGAGUACUGCCCGGGUGGCGAUCUGUUUGACCUCGUUAUAAGGCAGAAGCGGCUUACCGAAGCACAAGCCGCCGCUGUAUUCAGGCAGUUGCUGCUGGCAGUGCACGCCAUGCAUCGCACAGGCAUAGUGCACCGCGACCUCAAGCCAGAAAACAUACUCGUUAGUAGCAGCCCCGGUGCUUGUAGAGGCCUUUGCACUGUAGCUGAGUGCAACUGCAGUGAAAUUGAGGGUAGUAGUGCCAGCGUUGACAGUAGAAGCAGUGGGAACUGCAUUGGGGGGAACAGCAGCACGAGCCAAGGAUGUUCCCAUUGCAGGGAGGGUUUCAAUACAGUCACGUCCAGUGAUACGACUUGCAGUGUGGCCACGCCUCCCUCGUUGCAGUCACUUGAAGCUUCCAAAAGUUCAGUCUCUACUUCUGUUAGACAUAGCAGCAGCAGCACAAGCACUGGGAGGAGGAGCAGCAGCAGCAGUAACGGCACAGGGAGCAGCAUAAGGGAAACUUCUUUGCAGUCUUCGCCCUCACCUACUCUCCCAGCAUCCUCUCCCUUCCUCCCGCUUCCCUCACCACCUCCCUCCCCUGCUCUCCCUCCAUCAUCUCCCUCCCCUGCUCUCCCUGCAUCAUCUCCCUCCCCUGCUCUCCCUCCGUCAUCUCCUUUCCACCUCUCACAAACCGCCCAGCCACCAGACCCCUCUCUCGCCUCCCAUCCCUCCUCCCCCCGUCUUUCCCUUCCACCCUCUUCUCCCACCGCUUCCUUUUCUCCUCUUGCGCCUCCUCCACCUCCUCUCCCUCCUCUCUGCUCGUCCCCUCCUCCCACUCACGCCACCACUGCAACCAAACCUCCUCCCUGUCCCUGCACGGGCAUUCGAGUGAGGGUGGCGGAUUUCGGGCUGGCAGCAACGCUGUCGCGCGGGCAGACAGCGGCGUGUGGGGUGGUGGGCUCGCCUUUGUACAUGGCGCCUGAGAUCAUCCGCGGGAGGCCCUAUGCGGGGGAGGUCGACAUGUGGAGCCUCGGCUGCGUUCUCUACACCUGCCUGUCGGGUACUGUGCCGUUCCACGGGAGGACACACCGUGAAAGCGGCAGGGCCGAUGCUGCUGGCAGACUAGCUGUGCAGGAGAAGGUGGGUGAGAGUGCAAGCAGGAGUGAGAGUUCACCAGAGGUGGAGCAGGUGCACAGGCUGACCACGGGGUGUAGCAGUGGGACAAGUGUCAGCGCUACGGCGCGUCACGUUUCCUUGCCUUUCAACCCAGAGCCACCGGAACAGAGCACACGCCAUAGUGAGGCAGCCGUGAGAGGGGAGGUCGAAGGACAGGAAGCGUGCUGGGAAGCAACAGUGCAGGAUUUCAUUAGAGAGGUGCACGUGGUUAAGGCAUGUGUGAAAAGCCACGGAGUGGAAGGCGAGGUUGGGCAGCAUGAGGUGGGGCAUGAGGUGGGUUGUCCUGAUUGCCACCCAAGCAGUCCCAACAGUCUCUGCAAAAGCAGCCAUGCUGAUGCGUGCUGUCAGAGCAGCAGUGCCGGUGCUGCUGGCAGGCUAGCUACUCAGGAGAUGGUGCGUGGGAGUGAAUGCAGGCGCGAGGAAACAGGAGAAGAGGGGAAAAUGGCUGGGCUGACCAGGGGGAGUGGGAGUGGGAGCAGGAGGAGAAGCAUUGGCACUGAGGCGAGUCACACUCACACCUCCUCGCCUUGCAAUCCAAACCUACAGGAAGAGAGCAGACGUGGGACUCACCGUAGAGGUGGAGAGGAGGUGGAGGGUAAGGAGGCGUGUUUGAAAGCAUCAGUGCAUGAAUGUGCUGCGCAGCGGUGCAGUGAGGCUGCAGAGGUAGACAUCUGCUCUCCAGGUGGUGCUUGGGGUGCUGGCUGCUGUGGGAGUAUCGGUCCCACUGACUUGGUGCUGGCAGCGGCAGCAAUGAUGCUGGUGGUGGUGGCUUUUAUUACAGCUGCAGUUGUUAUGGCAGUGGUGACAGCAAUUCAAAGAGUAGAUGCACUGGCAGCAGCGACAGCAGCAGUCACUGCCUAUGUACCAAGAGCGCAAGCAGUGAUAUGGGUGAUGGAAGAAGCCCCAUUUGCAGCAAGGCUGGAGGAGACAGUGGCUGCAGUCACAGUCACCUUGCUUGGAGGAUGA